GCGGAAGUCCCUCCAGCCGCGGUGUUGUGCUGUGUGGGGAAGGGAGACGGGUUUGUAAACCCCGGAGCGAGGUCCUGCCUGCCGAGGCCGCUGCUGUGCGGAGACCCCGGGGCAAGCCACCGUCACCAUGUCGGAUCAGGAGGCAAAACCUUCAACUGAGGACUUGGGGGAUAAGAAGGAAGGAGAAUACAUAAAGCUGAAAGUUAUUGGACAGGAUAGCAGUGAGAUUCACUUUAAAGUGAAAAUGACCACACAUCUCAAGAAACUCAAAGAAUCUUACUGUCAAAGACAGGGAGUUCCAAUGAAUUCGCUCAGGUUUCUCUUUGAAGGUCAGAGAAUUGCUGAUAAUCACACUCCAAAAGAACUGGGAAUGGAAGAAGAAGAUGUGAUUGAAGUUUAUCAGGAACAAACAGGGGGUCAUUCAAGGGUUUAGAUAUUCUUUUUAUUUUUUUUUCUUCUCCCUCAAUCCUUUUUUAUUUUUAAAAAUAGUUCUUUUGUAAUGUGGUGUUCAAAAAAGAAUUGAGAACAGGCACCCAGUCUCUUUAAAACAACUGGUAAUUUGAAUUCUAGUGCCCAUUAUUCAUUAUCAUUUGUUUUCAUUGUGCUGAUUUUUGAUGAUCAAACCUCAGUCCCUUCAUAUUGUCCUCUCCUUUUAGAAAAUGUCUUGUGUGCACAGAAAGGCCACCUUUUGCAGGGACUGUGCAUUUUCAGGCUUGUGAUAAUAACAUCGACCAAUGCAAGUGUCCAUAAUGACUUUCCAAUUGGCCCUGAAGUUCUAGCAUGUGAAUGCUUCACUCCUGGACUAUGCCUUUCAGUGGGAGAUGGAAGUUUUUCAGAACUGAACUGUGGAAAAUGACCUUUCCUUAACUUGAAGCUACUUUUAAAAUCUGAGGGUAUGGACCAAAAGAAGAGGAAUAUGAGAUUGGAAAUGAUAUGACAGCUAUUAUGAGAGUAAUGACUAACUCCAAAGAUGGCUUCACUGAAGAGAAAGCAUUUUAAGAUUAAGGAGAAAUCUUGUCAGAAGAUCCCAGAAAAGUUCUUUUAUUAGCAGUUAAAGUUAUUCCUGCAGAAGUGUAUACGACAGAACACUGCUCUUUUUUUGAUUUUGUUUGUAUUUUUGGCCUGGGAUAUGGGUUUUAAAUGGACAUUGUCUGUACCAGCUUCAUUAAAAUAAACAAAAUAUUUGUAAAAACCGUA